AUGUCACAUCCAUCGGAGACGGAGAUAUGCAAAGCAGUCUUAGAGUUUGCCGCCGAAGGCACAUAUCCAGAUUCAGAGCAGGUAAUUGCGGCUGAAUUCCCGCUGUCAGCUCUUUCAAACGAACUGGAGCUCAUCACGCAGGCCAGAGACGAGGUGGAGACAGAGAUCAGCACAUUAAGUCGCGAUAAUGAUUUCGAUAUCGAUGAUUGGAUAUCACAAGCGAAACAGCUGCACUCGGACCUUGAACGAUCGCGACUCACUGCGCGGGAAAUUGUUAAGCAGCACGAGAGCACGAUACCACUCGAACUGAAGGUGGGGGAUGCAGCUGCCAAAGUUGAGCUAGUCGAGACGGAGAUUGUGUUUAACCAGGCUGUGACGGACACAAUAGAGCAGGUCCAAAGUCUCUGUCAACAGCUAAAUGCCAUACGGCCACUCUACGAAGGUGGCCAGUUUACGGAGGCAAUUGACAAGCUAGAGGCGACCGAACAUGCUAUAAGCCUAGACAGCUGUUUUAAGAACACUAAUGUGUUGGUGUUGCUCUCAGAAAACGUCGCCGCUAUGCGUCGAGAAUUUGUCGAGUUCCUUCGCGGCCGCUGGAAUCAACAUCUUGAGCUUGACAGCAAACACGGAAAAUUGGCGAUAUCUGAUGAUGCACUGGUAGAGAUUAUCUCUGCCCUGGAGCGCCUCAAUGAGCUUGCUUCAACCAAUAACCAAUUUCAAAAGGAGCUAUUUUUCGCGAUUCUAGAUCCAAUACUGCUUUCUAAUCCCGAUGGCUGUAGUUACGGCGUCCAAAUUGAAGAGUCGUUAAUUCUGGUUGAUUCGAAGCCAUCCCGAGCCUCAGUUCCUGAUGUGCUGGGCCAUAUUGUCAAAGUUCUCAGCUUCAUUCGACGUUCUUUGCCGGCGUCCAUUCUAACAUCACUUUCUGAUUCAUUUAUUCCUGCCCUUUCAUCAAAGCUAAUAUCCCACUGGCUGUCAACUGCGAUACCGACGGGGCUCGAUGACUUGAGCCGUUUCGAGGCCACCUUGAACCACGUCCUUCAAUUUACCAAGACUAUCGAGUCCCUUGGAUGGCAUGGCCAGGAGGAACUCGUCUCCUGGACAAACCAAGCCCCGCGUUUAUGGUUAACUAGGCGGAGAGUCGACUCGUUGGACCAGGUCCGCAAGGUGCUUGCUGUUAGCAAAGGGGACCCCCGACAGGUAGAGAGGGUCGAAAAGCGGCAGGUUUCUGAAUCAGAUGAGGUAUUAGUAGACAACUCAACCUCGGAUGAUUGGGAUGCCAGCUGGGAUGACGAAAAAGACGACGCCCCAAAGAACGACGAGGAAGACGUUAGCGCCUGGGGCUUAGACAAUGAUUUGAAUGACUCUAAGGCCACGAAUGAUGAUAUUGCCUCGGCCGCCGAUGACGAUGAAGCUGGAGAAGCUUGGGGCUGGGGAGACGGGGACGAAGACGAAGGCGAAGACCAGCUUCAGGCAGAAAAAUCUCAGCCAAAGAAGUCAACUGCAGCUCUUGCCGAUAGAGCCGGAACCCACGAUAGCCACAGGGAGAUAACGUUGAAGGAGCAUUACACGAUUACCGAUGUGCCCGACCCAAUUCUCCAGAUUAUCCAGCAACAGGUCUCAGACUCAGAGAUCAUAUCCAGACCCUCACAUUCUAGCACCCUCGUAUCCUCCUCUGGAGCCGGCCUUCUUGCUCUCCCAACCUUAAUCCUUGCCAUGUUCAAGGCAACGGCGCCGUCCUUUUACAGUCUCAAACUCAACGCUGGCCAGAUGUAUCUUUACAAUGACAGUCUAUAUCUUGCAGACCGAGUGCGUCAAGUUGCAAACGACAAGCAACUCUCGAGGCUCCAUGGCGACGUCGAAGCACUCGAAAAGUUUGGCAAAUUAGCGUACAGCAAAGAGAUGCAAACACAGCGAACAAUUGUCACCGAUUUAUUGGAUGGUGCCCAGGGCUUUAGUCAGUGUUCGGAACAGCCUUUUCUUGGCGACUGCGAGAAUGCCGUUAGCGCAACCGUGGAUCGACUGCGGACUGUUUACAAGGAGUGGCAGCCAAUACUCUCCCAUUCAGCCUUGCUCCAGGCAAUCGGGUCUCUGGUAUCGACAGUGACUGAGAAAAUCAUCAUCGAUAUUGUGGAUUUGGGUGAUAUAUCCGAGACCCAGUCUCAGAAACUGGUUUCUUUCUGCAAUCAGUUAUCGAAGCUAGAGGAUUUGUUCCUGCCUGAGACCUCGGACAACGCUGGACCGGUUCCGAUGACCGCUGUCUAUGUGAGAAAUUGGCUCAAGUUUCAGUACUUGAUUAACAUCCUCGAGAGUUCUUUGGCCGACAUCAAAUUCCUCUGGGUGGAAGGAGAGCUGUCUCUCGAAUUCUCGGCAGAUGAGGUUGUUGAUUUGAUCGAGGCUCUUUUUGCAGAGUCUGAUCAUAGAAGGAGGGCGAUUGCAGAAAUUAAGAGAGUAUCUAGGGGAUUAUAG